AUGCGUUUCUUCAUCCGUGAUAGUCCUCCCCACGAGCCGCACAUGACUCCUGCUGAGGCGAAAGAGGAGACGAACCUCGAAAGGCCUGCUAGAAGAACAUCAUCAGCAGGCGCUUCAGCCGCUGAUGUCGCUCAAGAUGAUGACAGACUCGUGAAGCAAGUCGACACAGCACCGAAGAAGAAGCAGGGCCGUUUCAAGCAGCACUGCGGGCGCUUCUGGCUGUGGUACUUGAUAGGCACUAUCAUAUUCCUCGCCAUAUUCCUGCCACUCUUGUUCAAAGUCAUCUUUCCUGCUAUUGUCCAGAGGAUCAUUGAUGACCAGAAGAUGCCCAUACUCGGGGGUGCUUUCUUCGUUGUCGCAUCUGACAAGCUCAAUGUCUCGCUGUCGUCUUCUCUCUCGACUCCGCUCCCGGCCACCGUCGAUCCGAUGACCAUGUUCCUCUACAACAAAGACACCCCUCAAUACUUGCCGUUUGCAAACAUUACCUUCCCUCAGAUCAAGGCGGAUGGCGAUACAGUACUCAGCAUUGUGAACCGCACGGUGUCGCCCACAAACGACACGGAACUGAGCAACUGGUUCAGUAAUCUGUUCGACGCCGACCAGUCAUCCCUUUCUGCCAGGGGAGAAAUCCGCGCGUCAAUGGGUGCACUACAUAUGGGAGCCAAGCUUGAUAAGACCUUGGCUAUCCCUGGACUAAGAAAGCUUCAAGGGUUUGGGCUAGUCAACAUGCAGCUGGUCCUGCCACCGUUGGACGACGGUACUAACGUCAAGGGCGUCGUCACCAUGCCCAACUGGGGCAUCUUGACACUAGGAUUUGGGGACCUCGCUUUCAAUGUUUUCUCAGGCGACUCUAACCUGAAGCUUGGUCUUCUCCGGAUCCCAAACGUUGUCCUCUUGCCGGGCAACAACACCUUUGCCUUCACGGGCGAGCUCGAUAUCAAGGGAGCUCUGGCCAACAUUGGCGCCGUGCUCGACAGCCAGGCAGAUCCCAUGAGCCGGGGAAACCUCAAGCUUACGGCAUCUGGUAACUCGACGACUGUCAAUGGUGAGCAUGUCCCUUUCGCCGAAGUCGUACUCAACAGCAAGAAGCUGGGUGCCGAGGUACCCUUGAUGGAACUAGUGAGCCAGGUCCUUGGAGGGCUCCUCAGUGGUGACGACGAUGGAAAUCACCCAGGACUACUCACUAUUAUCGGAGAUAUGUUUGGUAACGUGGCUUUUGUCGAGGGAAUACUCCACGGCUUUAAUGCCACAUUUUCAGCACAUUCUUCCAACAACACCGUUACGGCGCGAACCUUGCUACCAAAGCCGAGGCUGACAACGCGCGUGGCUCUGAAUCUGAUGAGGAUGGGACUGCGCCUGAGAAAGCUCUAG